CGCUCUCUCACUACGUAGACCGAGCACUGAGCUUAUCGUUGCCUCACUAGCUCGAUAUCCGUGCUCUCCCGAAGGUCUCUGAUUCUCACAGGUUAUGAGCCCCGCCGUCAAGCUUCUAGCCCAGAAUUACUAGCGACUCAAAAAUCAUGUCUUCCGCCUCCCGCAGUGACAACGGCGAUGCUGGAUCCGCCGACGCCGACACUGGCUCGGACGCCCCGAUCAUCUCGACAAUCGUCAGCACUGCAACCCCCUCCCGGAUCGCCCACUCCUUCGUCACCCCCACACCGGUCGAUCCCGCGUUGUUGAAGGAGACCGGGCAGCGCAUCGAUCACUUCGCAUCGGUCCCGAUUGCGAAGGAGGAUGGCUCUUCGACGAGGACUACGUCCCUCCCGAGAAGCCCACCAAUCCAUCCAGCUCGACGUACGAAGACGAUCUCAAGGCGUACAACGCGUACACACGCCUCGAGAACACCGCCCUCCUCCUCCUCAGCACCAAGCUCACAACCGAUGUUGCUGAGGCCGUGGUGGAGGAAGCCGGUCGCGUGUACGACGUCUGGGUGAAGAUCAUCAAGAAGCUCGCGGAGAAGUCCGAGAUCUACGUCACCCUCAUGAAGAACCGCUGGGCGGCGCAGUCCUGCGAC